AUGAAUUAUGUUCGCGUGAGUAUCGUUUCAGGUGGACGGUGGCUCACGGAUUCAGGCCGUCGAAAUAGGUCGCCUGCGAACAGUAGUGCAACUGACGUCGACGUAGCAGCACCAUACUUCACAAUGGAUUACUUAAUUCCAACAUUACUACUAACAUUCUUGUCAUGGGUUAGUGCUUUCGAGCCUCUAGCUGUUAUGAUGCAGCGUCGAAGGAACGCGUAUCCCAUAUACGCUAGUGACUUCAUGGAAGAAUAUGAACCGUAUGCUGUAGCUGCUUUCCCGAUACACGCGCCAGUGCCAAUUUUACAGGUGUUCUCCCCAUCAGCGUAUGCUGGAAAAUUUAGAAAACCGACCAAAAGACCACAAAAUAACAGAGACUUGCACGCGUUUCCUUCUACCAUUGAACAGAACUUUGAGCCGUACACCUACAACCAUAUUUACGAAGAUCAUCCAAAAUAUCCAAAAAGAGAAUCAUAUAAUAAUGAAGCAUCCCCAGUGAUAGUGUAUGCAAGGCCUAAUAGAAACGGUGGCUAUACUUAUCGUAAGCCCGCGCCCACACCAGUACCUAACUCACAAAAAGAAAAAGAACCUGUCAUCAUAAGGAUUCAUAAAUACAAAAUUAUUCAU